AUGGGCCAUCAGCCCAACAUCUCUCGCCAUCUUCGUCGCCGUCCUGAUCUCAGGUCUGUUAUCAUCACUGGUUCUAUGCAUGCCUUCCUUUGCCAUUGUUACGUCGUGUGUUCAUGCACGACACCUGUCGGUGCUUCUUCAUGCGCCCACUCCACCACCUUUAACUUCAAGAACAACUGCCCCGACCCUGUUUGGCCUGCCUCGCUGAACGAUUCCGACAAAGGUGCUCUUUCCCAGACCGGAUUCCAGCUGGACAGUGGCGCCUCCUUUUCGCUGGAUGCGCCACCCGCCUGGGGAGGCCGGCUGUGGGCUCGGCACAAAUGUUCCACCGACUCGUCCGGUAGAUUCUCGUUCCUCUCCGGGGACUGCGGCACUGGGCAUGUGGCGUGCAAUGGGGCUGGAGGAGCGUCGCCGACCACGCUCGUCGAGUUCACCCUGCAGGGCGACGGAGGCAACGAUUUCUACGACGUGAGCUGCGUCAACGGCUUCAACGUGCCGGUAUCGGUCGUUCCCAGCGGGGGGUCGAACUGCGACAGCACGUCGUGCCGGACGAACAUCAACGCGCGGUGCCCCACGGAGUUGCAGAUGCUGGCGCCGGACGGGAGCGUGGUGGGGUGCAAGAGCGCAUGCUUAGCCUUCGACACGGACGAGUACUGCUGCAGGGGCCAGUACGGUAGCCCGGACACAUGCAAGCCCACCAGCUACUCCAAGAUGUUCAAGGAUGCGUGUCCUCAAGCUUAUAGUUACAAGAGCAGCACCUUCACCUGCGUGGGGGCUAAUUACGAUAUCACCUACUGCCCUUGAAACCAACGUACAUCUAUCACAAGCUUCAUCUUAUCUGGCUUUGGCUCUCGAGAGAGCAU